CAGGUUUCCAUGAAGAUAAACAAUUGAAAUGUGGAUAGCCUGUUUGUAGCUUGGUGGUGGCUGUCAUCUGGAACCUGGUGGUGUCUCCUCCCACUAGCUGGUGUAACAUUGGCUGCUGACGGCCAUGAAGGUUGUACCGGAGAAGAAUGCUGUCCGCAUCCUGUGGGGUAGGGAACGGGGUACCCAAGCCUUGGGUGCUCAGCGGCUCCUGCAGGAGUUGGUGGAGGAUAAAACUCGAUGGAUGAAAUGGGAGGGCAAGAAAGUUGAGUUGCCAGACAGUCCACGCUCCACCUUCUUGCUGGCGUUUAGUCCAGACAGGACCCUAAUGGCUUCCACACAUGUGAACCACAACAUCUACAUCACAGAGGUGAAAACGGGCAAGUGUGUUCAUUCCUUGGUUGGACAUCGCCGCACUCCCUGGUGUGUCACCUUUCAUCCCACCAUCCCAGGCCUCAUUGCUUCAGGAUGCCUAGAUGGGGAGGUUAGAAUUUGGGAUUUACACGGUGGAAGUGAGAGCUGGUUCACAGAUAGCAACAAUGCCAUUGCAUCGCUUGCUUUUCAUCCUACGGCUCAGCUCUUGCUGAUUGCAACUGCCAAUGAGAUACAUUUCUGGGACUGGAGUCGUCGGGAGCCUUUUGCAGUGGUGAAGACGGCUAGUGAAAUGGAGAGGGUCAGGCUGGUACGGUUUGAUCCCUUGGGACACUACUUGCUCACAGCAAUUGUUAACCCUUCUAACCAGCAGAGUGAUGAGGAAGUGGAAAUCUCCGUGGACAGCACAGAGAUGCCGCAUUAUCGCCAGCGUGCUAUCCUUCCAUCUCAGCCUGUGAGGCGCACACCCCUCCUCCACAACUUCCUGCAUAUGUUGUCCUCCCGCUCCUCUGGCAUACAGGUGGGAGAGCAAAACAGUGUUCAAGACUCUGCUACCCCAUCCCCUCCACCGCCUCCACCACCACCACCUCCGCCUGCAGCCAGUGAGAACACAAGGGCAUCUGUCUAUAACAGGCUCCGGGAGCGUGUCAGCUAUCCCACAGCAGAGUGCUGCCAGCACCUGGGGAUGUUGUGCCUUUGCAGCCGAUGCUCUAGUGCAAGACUUCCUUCUUCUCUCUUCCCGCACCAGGAGAACGCGCCCUCCACGUCUUCUGGGGCCACUGGCACUUCCUUCUCCUCUGUGCAGACAGAGCCUUAUCAACCCCCAGAGCAGGCAUCCGUAGCGCAGGAGGAGCAGGGGAUACUUAACAGGCCCUCUGCUUUCAGCACAGUUCAGAGCAGCACUGCUGGCAACACCCUGCGCAACCUUAGCCUGGGCCCCACACGGCGGUCCCUCAGCGGGCCCUUGGCAGGCCACCAGUCCCGGUACCAACAGUCUGCGAGAGAGAUGGCUUCUGGCUUAGGCGGGUCUGACUGGUCCAGGACAGUGCUGAACAUGAGCUCUCGGUCAGAGCUGGAAGCCAUGCCUCCCCCUAGGACCAGUGCCUCCUCCGUGAGCUUGCUGUCGGUGCUGAGGCAGCAGGAGGGAGCUUCCCAGGCAUCGGUCUAUACCUCUGCGACAGAAGGGAGGGGCUUUCUGGCCCCAGGGGCUGAGGUGGACAGUGGUGGUGGGGCUGGCCCGAGCAAUCCGGCCAGCAUCCGUAAUGAGCUCCAUUGUGAUUUGAGGCGAUUCUUCCUGGAAUAUGACCGGCUUCAGGAGUUAGAUCAGGGGAUUGGUGGGGGGCCCAGCCAGUCAGGGCACUGGGAGAGAGUUUACAGCCAGUCGGCUUCAAGCAGACCUGGGAAUGUAUCACAGGAGGCCUUAAACCAAGAAAUGCCUGAGGAAAGCUCAGAGGAGGAUUCACUCAGGAGGAGGUUGCUGGAGUCUUCCCUCAUUUCAUUAUCUCGCUAUGAUGGAGCAGGGUCCCGGGAACAUCCGAUCUACCCAGAUCCAGCCAGGUUGUCUCCUGCUGCAUAUUAUGCUCAGAGGAUGAUCCAGUAUCUUUCCCGGAGGGACAGUAUUCGACAGCGGUCUAUGCGAUACCAACAAAACCGUCUCCGCUCUUCCCCCUCCUCUUCUUCCACUUCAGAGAAUUCGAGUCCAUCUGUAGAGGGAAACGAUAUAGAAUUUGAAGAUUUUGAGGACAAUGGAGAUCGAUCCAGGCACCGAGCUCCCCGGAAUGCCCGCAUGUCUGCACCAUCACUGGGGCGCUUUGUCCCAAGACGCUUCUUGCUACCAGAGUACUUGCCUUAUGCUGGGAUUUUCCAUGAAAGGGGACAGCCUGGCUUGGCCACCCAUUCCUCUGUCAACAGGGUUUUGGCAGGUGCUGUGAUUGGGGAUGGACAGUCAGCUGUGGCCAGCAACAUUGCCAACACCACCUACCGGCUCCAGUGGUGGGACUUCACUAAAUUUGAUUUGCCUGAAAUCAGCAAUGCCUCUGUGAACGUGCUUGUUCAAAACUGCAAGAUUUACAACGAUGCUAGCUGCGAUAUCUCUGCUGAUGGGCAACUGCUGGCAGCCUUCAUUCCCAGCAGUCAAAGAGGCUUCCCUGAUGAGGGAAUACUGGCUGUGUAUUCUCUGGCACCCCACAACUUGGGCGAGAUGCUUUACACAAAGCGAUUUGGUCCUAAUGCCAUCUCUGUGAGCCUCUCUCCAAUGGGCAGAUACGUAAUGGUGGGACUGGCUUCCCGACGCAUCCUCUUGCACCCGUCCACAGAACACAUGGUUGCUCAAGUCUUCAGGCUGCAACAGCCCCAUGGUGGAGAAACCUCUAUGAGGAGAGUUUUCAACGUUCUGUACCCAAUGCCUGCCGAUCAGAGAAGACAUGUCAGCAUAAACUCUGCUCGAUGGCUGCCUGAGCCAGGCCUGGGAUUGGCGUAUGGCACCAACAAAGGGGACCUGGUGAUUUGCCGACCAGAGGCCUUAAACUCUGGAGUUGAGUACCACUGGGACCAGCUGAAUGAGAACGUCUUCGCUGUGCAUUCCAGCAGCAGGAGCACUGAGCGACCUGGAACCAGCAGAGCCACAUGGAGGACAGACAGGGACAUGGGCCUGAUGAAUGCCAUAGGCCUGCAACCCCGAAAUCCCCCCACCUCUGUGACUUCUGUACAGGAGCAGGAAUCCGCCUCUGCAGGGACUGGGGAAGGUGAAGGUCCAGAAUAUGAAGCCAGUGGUGAGGAUGCCCUGAGUAGGAUCCAAAGGCUGAUGGCAGAAGGUGGCAUGACUGCUGUGGUCCAGCAGGAGCAGUCCAGCUCACAGCAGCUGGCAGCCGAGCUGGAGGGACGGAUCCUGUCGGAGUCUAUGCAGCUGUCAGAGCAUGGCCUGAGCCCGCGGACAGCCCCUGGUGGGAGUGAAGGACAAAGUGCUGGGGAUCUGGACCUGCUGGAGCAGGCCCAGUCCUCCAUGGACACUGAGGGACCAACUGAAUACGGUGACCUAACUAAUAAUAACCAUCUUCCUGACAGUACCAACUUCUAUAGUAAUGACAGCACCAGUGGGGAGUCGCGGAACAGGUAGAGAUUGAGUCGUGUGUUGGUGCUACCCUUGUACUGCUCAGCAGAGACCUGUACCUCACAGCUGGCCAGGAGCUGGAAGAGUAGGGACAUUUGGCUCUGACAGGAUGCUGGCGGUUCAGAGGGCUCCUUGAUCCUGGGUGAGUGGGAAGGGACAAGGACUGCAAGGGAAGCCAUGGGGAAGAAAGCAUACUUCACUUGCAACAUUCCCACUGCCAAAGCGUUGGCAGGAAUAUGAACCAUACUGGCUGCACAUCAUGCAGAUUUUGAAGCCCCAUGGGAUCCCCUGAGCUCAGCCCUGACCCUGCAAUUUGGUCAGUGUCAUCCUUUGUAAAGCAGCUUUCCUUUCCUCUUUCCUGCCCUUUUAUGCCUGGGCGCUGGUGAUCAGGAUGCAGUUCGUGCAAGGAUGUUCUAAGCUGUGCCAGUAUUAACGUGAAUGAGCCGUCCCAGUGGCGUGGUGCCAGGACUGAGCUGCACCUCCUUGGCAGGGGGCAGGAAACGUCUUUCAGCUCCAGGCCAGGCUGUGAGGUAUGGGUCUGUGAUGUAAGGUGUUGCAUGUGAAAGCUUGACCUUGUACAGGUAGUUUCUAGUGGAGAUAUCAAGGCUCUGGCAUUUUGGUUUUAGUCUCAAAUGUGAUUUUCCUUUUCGUUUGUAACUCUCCAUCCCUAGCAGGCUUGUGGAGGAAGGACAGGGAGAGCGUGAGUGCUAAUGAGGGAAACACCAAAGAUCAAUGUCAUUAAAAUAUGACAAACCCUU